CAGUCUUUACCUACUUCACGGUUGCUUUACAAAGUAUUUGUUGUAUUUUUAGGCUGGAUAUUUACAAUUGUAACUUAGUUGUUGGAAAUCCGUGAGUAGUAGUUUGAAGGGAAGCGAAAACAGUGGCGAUGCGUGGUGGACGUCAUUUAUCCAAGGGUGACAUAAAUGGGGCUCAAGAUGCUGAGAGAGAAGCAUUAUUAGAUCAAGAUAGCGAUCCUGAUCAAGAUAUCGUAUUGAAUCGUCCAAGUUCUGCUGAUGGACAGUUACACAUCGAUGGAAAAAUAUCAAGCGUUAAAAUUCAGAUUAAAGAAGUCACGAAUACGAUGCGAGACAAUGUACAGAAGAUGUUGGAAAGGGGUGAGCGCCUCGAGGAUUUGCAAGUAGCAAGUGACCGGUUGAACUUAGCUGGAAGUGACUUCCGUGAAGCUGCAAAGAAAGCCCAAAGACGUGCUUGGAUGCAAAAUAUGCGCCUAAGAAUAAUCAUUACAAUGAUAACAGUUGCUGUUAUUCUUUGCAUCUUAGUGCCAAUUAUCAUCGCGUACUCUUAACGCAAGACAGUGAAGACCUAACCAACAACAAGGUUAUAUCAUAGUGGUGUUGCAUUCGUCUAACCACUGUGCUCCCUCAUUAUUUCAGUUAGUCAAAUAGAGAAUUUCUUUAUGUAUGGUAAUACUGUUUUAGAAGAUCUUAUUAUUAUAGCCAUUUAAAGGUUAACUAAUUUUUUUUAUGCAUUUUAUCUUCCUAAAAAUGAUUCAUAAAAAAAAUUUUCUCUUAUAAAACAUACAAUUUUAUAAUACAUACUUUUUUAGGGAUUGUUUUGUGUUAACAUUGUGCUUUAAAGACUGAUAAUUAUAA